AUGGCCGACCCCGCGACGGAGGUCAAGAAGCCGGCGCGGCUCCCGUCGCCGACGCACCACGUCGUCGUCAAGCUCGAGACGAUCCACGUCCCGCUCCCGGACGUCGACAUGGGCACCCUGACGCACGAGGUCAUCGGGUACGAGUACACGCGGCCCUCGCAGCGCGGCGUCGCGGCGGCGAGGGCCUGGCCCGCAAGCGUGCUCAUCACGACGACGGUGCCGAUCAACGCCGAGACGCUCGGGGAUGCGCCGUAUCUGAAAUGCGUCAUCACCGACUCGACGGGGACGGAUCACGUCGAUCUGGAUGAGUGUAGGCGGCGGGGGAUCACCGUCAUGCACUCGCCCAACGCCACCGUCGAAGCCGUAUCCGAGCACGCCCUCGCCCUGUACUUCUCCACCCGCAGGCGCCUUGUCACGCUGCACAACACAAUGAUGGACCACGACGACACGCGCCCGAACCCCUGGCGCGCGAAGGGGAGCAUGUCCUCGCUCCUUCUCGACGCCGAGGGUCGCCCGCCGCACACCUGCGGCAACGAGGUCGUUGGCGUCAUCGGCUACGGGCCCAUCGGGCAGCGUGUCGCCAAGUUGUGCCGCGCGCUCGGCAUGGAGGUCCUCGUCGCAGCCCGCAAGGACGCCGAGCUCUCCCCUCCCUCUACCGCAUCCGCCUCCGCGACGCAGUCCAGCAGCGACCCCCGCACCCCGUUCGCCGAGGUCCUCCGGCGCGCCACGGUCAUCUUCCUCGUCGUGCCGCUGACACCCGACACGCGGAACCUCGUCGCCGCCCGCGAACUCGAGACGCUGCGGCCCGACGCCGUCCUCGUCAACGUCGGCCGCGGCGGUACCGUCGACGAGGCGGCACUGCUCUCGGCGCUGCAGGAGGGGAGGAUCGCUGGUGCGGCGACGGACGUCUUCGAGGUCGAGCCGGCGGGCAGCGCCGCCGACAGCGUGCUUCUGGGCGAGGGGGCGCGCGGUGUCAACCUCACGCUUACGCCGCACCUGGCAUGGUGCGCGGACCAGACGAGGGUGAACAUCCGGAGGGUCGUCGGGGAGAACGUGAGGGCGUUCGUGAGGGGGGAGAAGGAGGGCAACUUUGUGCUCGAUAUGCGGUGA